GUACAGUUUUUGGUUCACGGUCAAUUAAUUGACAACUAUAAAAAUCUCCAUCCAUUUCCAAAUCUUUUGGGAAAUAUAGAUCCAGGGUUUAGUUUUUUCCCAAUCGUUGAUAAUUUAAAACUACACAUUCGUUGCUACACUAAUAAACAUAUGCCAAGAUAUGGGGAAUUACUAAUUUUCGAUUCUGGACUCCCAAUGUUUUCAACUGCCUAUGGUAAUGUAAUUCAAAACCUAUUGUCAAAUAAUACAAUGAAUAGAUUUGGUAUUUCGAAUGCUUGCUUUUUUGAUAGGUAUGGAUAUGGUUGGUCUCAACUAUCACCAGAGGCAAUGAGUGCACAAACAUUUGUAAAAAAACUUCGUGCAUCAAUUCAAAGUAUUUCUCUGAUUGCCAAUCAACAAUUUUAUUAUGUCGGAUGGAGCAUGGGUGGACUUUUUGCUCAAACCUAUGCAAUGAUGUAUCCAAAUGACCUAAAAGGUAUUUUAUCAAUUGAUGGUACCGAUAUAGGGGUACUAACCGAUAAAAAAUGGAUAGCUAUUCCGGAUAUUAUCGAUUUUGUUAAUAGAGCCAAAAAGUUCCCAAAUGAACAAUUAAAAGAUUUAUGCAGAAGUGGAACUAUUUCAAUAGAGUAUGGAUGGAUUUCAGAUGAUACACAUCUUCCUAAAAGUUGUAUAGAAAAAUCCCAGGCUAUUUUUACAAAUCCGGAUCAGAAUUACUUGAAUGCAGUAAUCCAAGAACUAACUAAAUUCAUAGAUAAUGCAAAAGAUUUAAAAAAAGCCUACGCAAAUGCAAAAAACCCUUCUCAACCCCUUGGAAAUUUACCGUUGGUUGUAAUUUCAUCAAACCCUGAUACCGAACCCGAUUGGUUUAAAAGACAAAUAAAUUUAACAAAACUUUCAUCAAACUCAAUUCAAUUAAACUGUAAUAAUCACUUAGUACCAUUCAAUCAACCAAAUUUAAUAAUAAAUGCAAUUGAAAUUUUAAUAGCUAAAGCAAAAUUUAAAACAUAA